UGUGACAGACCAUAAGAAACUUUACUCCUAAACCGCAACUCCAUACUCCAACAUUGUGAUUUAAAAGAAACAAACGCUUGGAUAUACAGCCGACACCCAGAGAACUUUUUCAUUCAGGAUAUUUUAGAGAAAAUAACUCAAUAAUAUGGGAAAAGAAAAUAUCUGUUUUUUGUCUGUCUGGAUAAUUUUGGGAAACAUCUUUGCAACUUUUUCUUCUGACCCUGAACUCACCACCAGCAGCAGCAGCAGCAGCAGCAGCACUGUGUUUGUAAACACCACAGUCACUGCUACUCCGCUGCCGACCACUACUGAAUGGAUCUCAGACUACUCUGACAUUGUGUCCAAGUUCUCCCUGCGCACUGAGGACAUCCCAGAUGAAGACAUGUGCUACAUUGUGCCCGGACAACCAGAAACCAUCAAAGAGUGUGAAUUCAACUCAGAAACACAAACCUUUAUUGUGAUACAUGGCUGGACGGUGACAGGGAUGUUUGAGAGCUGGGUGCCCAAACUGGUGUCUGCUCUCUACGAACGCGAGCCCACUGCCAAUGUGAUCGUGGUGGACUGGCUGACUCGUGCCAACCAGCACUACCCAACCUCUGCAGCCUACACCAAACUAGUGGGCCGCGACGUGGCCAAGUUUGUUACAUGGUUACAAAAAGAGCUGCAGUUGCCCUGGGAGAGGAUUCAUCUGCUGGGCUACAGUCUGGGAGCACAUGUAGCGGGAAUUGCUGGAGACCUCACUGACCAUAAAAUCAGCAGGAUCACAGGUCUGGAUCCUGCUGGUCCCACCUUCGAGCAUGCAGACAAUCAGAACACCCUGUCGCGAGAUGAUGCCCAGUUUGUGGACGUCCUGCACACCAACACCAGGGGCUCCCCAGACCGCAGCAUCGGCAUCCAGAGACCUGUGGGCCACAUCGACAUUUACCCCAACGGAGGCACUUUCCAGCCGGGCUGCGACAUCCAGAAUACACUCCUCGGGAUUGCACUGGAAGGCAUCAAGGGCCUGCAAAAUAUGGACCAGCUCGUCAAGUGUUCCCACGAACGAUCCAUCCACCUGUUCAUCGACUCUCUGCUGAACACGCAGCAGCAGAGCCUGGCCUACCGCUGCAACUCCAGAGAGGCCUUCAACAAGGGGAUGUGUCUGAGCUGCAGGAAGAACCGAUGCAACAAGCUGGGCUACAGCAUCAACAAGAUCCGCUCGGCGCGCAGUGCCAAGAUGUACCUCAAGACUCGUGAAAUGAUGCCUUACAAAGUUUUCCACUAUCAGGUGAAGGUACAUUUCUUCAGCAAGGACAAACUGAGCUACACGGAGCAGCCAUUGAAGAUGUCUCUGUAUGGAACCCACGGAGAGAAGGAGGACAUUCCCAUCGUCUUGCCGGUCCUGAACAGUAACACCACUUUGUCCUUCCUCAUCACCACCGAUGUUGACAUUGGAGACCUGAUGAUCGUGAAGAUGCGCUGGGAGAAGGACGCCAUCAUCAGCUGGUCAAACUGGUGGGGAAGCAGCAGGUUCCACAUCAGAAAACUACGCAUCAAGUCCGGGGAAACCCAGUCCAAAGUGAUCUUCAGCGCAAAGGAAGGAGAGUUUGCCCACCUCAUCAGGGGAGGAGAAGAUGCAGUCUUUGUCAAGUCAAAAGAAGACAACAUGAGCCGUAAAGAGAAAUUGAUGCACAAGCUGAAAAUGGAGGGCAGUCUUUUUGCGCAGAAUGACGCCUGAAGUUGCACUUGAACCCACAUCAUGCACAUCAGCCAUCUCUACAUAGAUAGCCAAAGAUGGACAGGACACACACAUAAACACAUUGGGAAAGCCCUUUGCAAGUUACUGGACAUAUACUACAUGCUGUGUUUUUUCUCUGAUUUUCCUCCUUUUGCGACUCAUGGCUUCAACUCCCAGUGAAACCAACAACAACAACAACCUCAUCCACAGUGCUGGAUACAAUCUGCUCAUAAACUAUCUCCUGUCUCUCUGCAUAAUCUGCUGCUGAAAAAUGUCACAGGUUCUGUCGUGAUGAUGUGCUCACAUUCAACAAAUUUACACUCUUAGUAGAUUUGCUGCAUAUCUUUGUAAUCAUUUGUUUAUGCUUUUGUAGCCGACAUGUUUAUAACUGAUUUUGCUGUAUUGUAUGAACCCCUGAAGUGGUGUGUUUCCUUUGCCUAAGUGAACUUGGAUAAUUGUUGAUAUAUAUAAAUGAUUCAGAGUGAUAGGCUUAAUUUCGGCACAUCUUUUUGUUUAUUUUUUACUUCCGUAAAAUGAUAAUUUUGUCCCUAAUGUUUGUCUUUACUGAACCACUAAUUGCCAACAAUCGACAGGGACCAAAGAAGUAUUUACUAUCUACUGAAUGGAGAAUCACAGCAGUCUUUGUGAAUACUUUAAAAAAAUCAGUAUUUUAUAUAUAUUUUUUGAAUAUGAGUAAUGUGUUAAUAUCUGAUCUUGUGGAACCUUGGUUGUUCUUUGAUUGUGUUUUGGUUAUUGUGUCACUGGUCACUUUAAAAGGCUUUCUGUCCCCUGCAGCCAAUUAGAUGUUAAGGUCUUUGAGAUUGCGGUCCAACAUGGAUAAGCAUUUUUUUCCCUUUAGUUUGCGAAAUUUCUCUGAGGUCACUUUUGAAUCCAGUAAUGGCUAGGUUCUCCUAGAUUAUUUCUUGAAUGGGUCAAUAUUCAGUGUCUUACCU